CUGCUGGUGCUGUGCCUUCUUGCCGCUGCCGUCCCAUGUCUUGAGUGCGGCCGAGCGAAGACGAUUGACUACGAGGCUCUGGAGAAGGCGUGGGAGGCUGGCGAUGCUGAAGAGGAGCUGCUAUCGGAGGGCGACGAGCACUACAGACAGCUGCAGAACAAAAACGAGCAGGAAGCGAAGGCACUUGGGCCCCAAAUGAUAUUCGUGACGAUGAAGGACGGCACUCGAGAGCCCCUCCCGGACGUUGCAUCACGAUGGAAAGAGAUGCUGUGGAAUGGAGGGGUCGAAGUGAGCAUCUACGAAGUCGCGGACUCCAAGUUGCUCGUCGGGCUGCAGAAGGGGAUUUUUGUCGAGGAUGUCAUGCGCUUCCUCAAUGAUCAGCACGAC